AUGGCACAAAGCAAGGAAGACAUAAAGCAUGCGACGGCACAGGCGAAGCAAUCGGAGGAUGAAAGUUUGAGGGUGGCUUACAAACAUGGCAUUCCCCUUGAAGCUGGGAAGAUAGCAGAGUCUUCUCCGGUGGACCUCUUUUCCAGUGCCCAACGCAUUCAUGAAUCCUCCCCUCCUCACCAGUCGAAGCAAUCUCACCCUCCCACAAAUGCCAACAACACUUCCUCUGCCUGACAA